AUUUUUCCAUCUGCAAUUCUACCAAUGUUGACUUAUCUGCUAGUCAAGGAGCUAAAGAAUGCAAAACUUUUGAGAAGAAAAUUGUCGUUUACGAGGACUAAAGAGGAAAACACCGAAUCCGAUCAUACCACCAAAAUCGUUGUUUUCAUGACAAUCAGCUCAAUGAUAGCGCAAGUUCCCCUUGGAAUAGUAUACGUCGGUCAGGGUCUCGAAACUUCUCAAGAUUUUCACUUUGAAUGCCGCUAUGAAUGCUCCACUGUUUUAUUUGCUUAUCUGUUUCUUCACAGUACCGAGAAUCUGCGAAGAAACUUUUCAAUUGUUUUAGGUCCAUUAACGAUAUGA